AUUAUCGUUCGUGGGGGCGUAAUCUCGAAGCUGACUUUAGACGGCUCCAUUCCUGUAAGACCGUCACACAGCACAACAGCCAACAUCCCCAAGACACUAUGCAGACCGGAGACAAGAAAGGAAGCCACAAAGAUAUAGGAACACUUUUGUAUACAGAUCUGUAUCCUCACGAUAGAGAUGCAUACGGGGUAACCAGGGAAUUUUUGCUUCGAGUUGUUGAUAUUCUGAUCGAUUUUCUUCGAAAAUCCAAUGACAGAUCCAAUAAAGUCUUAGAUUUUCAUCAUGUAAAUCAGUUGAGGGAAGUCUUAGAUCUGAGGAUUCCCGAAGAACCCCAAAAUUUGGAUCAGCUUUUAGUCGAUUGUAAAGACACACUCAAAUAUCAGGUGAAAACAGCUCACCCUCAUUAUUUUAAUCAACUAUCAUGCGGAUUAGAUAUUAUUUCUAUGGCUGGAGAAUGGCUUACAGCAACAGCAAAUACAAACAUGUUCACGUACGAAAUUGCUCCUGUAUUCAUUCUGAUGGAACAAGUGACUUUAAAAAAAAUGAGAGACCUUAUAGGCUGGAAAGAAGGUGAUAGCAUUCUUGCACCAGGCGGUGCUAUAUCUAAUCUUUAUGCGGUACUCUGUGCUCGACAUAAAUUAUUCCCUAAUUAUAAAGAAAAAGGAUUAAAAAAUCUUCCGCAAUUAGUCAUGUAUACUUCCGAGCACAGUCAUUAUUCCAUGAAAGGUUCAGGAAUGGUCAUGGGCUUGGGAACGGAUAAUGUUAUAGAAGUACCUUGCGACGAUAGAGGUAGAAUGAUACCAUCGGAACUGGAGAGACUGGUUCGAGAAUCGAAAGCCAAGGGUCAUUAUCCAUUCUUCGUCAAUUGUACCAGUGGAACAACAGUUUUAGGGGCCUUUGAUCCCAUCCAUCCUUUAGCUGAUAUAUGUGAAAAAUAUGGAAUGUGGCUUCAUGUUGAUGCUGCUUGGGGAGGUGGCUGUUUGCUUUCCAAAAAAUAUAGACGUAGACUGGAUGGAAUAGAAAGAGCUCGGUCUGUAACUUGGAAUCCGCAUAAAUUGAUGGGAUCGCUUUUGCAAUGUUCUACUGUUCAUUUUAAAGACGACGGUCUACUUAUAAGCUGUAAUCAGAUGUGUGCAGAUUAUCUCUUCCAACAAGAUAAACAUUACGAUGUGACAUAUGAUACAGGAGACAAAGUCAUUCAAUGCGGAAGACAUAACGAUAUAUUUAAAUUGUGGUUAAUGUGGCGAUCGAAGGGAGAAAAAGGAUACGAACGACACAUUGACUAUUUGUUUGCCAUGACUGAUUACAUGGUGAAAAAACUUAAAGAAAAAAAAGACAAAUUCUACCUCAUUUGGGAAGAACCUGAAUGCACUAAUGUUUGCUUCUGGUACAUCCCUCCCAGUUUAAGAAAGGUGCCGCAUAGCAAAGAACGUGAACAGAAGUUGGGAAAAAUAACUGCUGUUCUGAAAGGAAAGAUGAUGGAUGCAGGCACUCUUAUGGUAGGUUACCAGCCACUCGGAGAUAAACCGAAUUUCUUUCGGAAUAUUAUCUCCAAUCCAGGAGUCACAGAAGAUGACAUCGACUUCCUAUUGAACGAAAUGGAUCGUCUUGGUCAAGAUCUGUAACAGCCUGUAGCCAAUAGAAACUAUCGUUUCAAAGAAAAUAAUAAUGAUAAUAAUAAUUAUAUAAAGCAGUGUCGUGUUUUAAAAAUAUCGUGACAAUUUAGGGCAGCAAUAAAAAUUAUAUUAUACGUGAUGGGAAUUUAAAAAAAAAAAACUAAAUAAAUAUUUUUGUUUCUUCGGAGAAGACUGUUGAACGGUCCUCCUAAAUCCAACGUCUUCCAAAACGUAGUUAUGCC